AUCCUUGCAAAUGGGUUCCAGAAUGAAACAGUCCAAAACGAGGUUCCGGGUCCUGUUCCACGGAAAUUCCCUAAAGUUACAUUGAUCGGUUUCUUGCGCUUGAUGGUUGAAAUCGUUCAAAGGGGUCUUCCAGUAAAGAGCACGUGACUUUCACGAUUUUUCGGUCCUGUUCUUGUAAUUCAAUACAGAGCCAAAAUAUAAUGUGAGACAACUGACCGCUGCGCCUGUUGAAGAGUUGGGCUGUGUGCAUGUGGGGACUGGACAUUUGGACAUCAGACACUGACCACAAGGAAUACCUACAUUUUUUCUACGUCUUUCUGGGAAUGAAACAUUAGUUUAAUAUAAAAUGUGUGAAAUAAUAUUUAGUCGGAUUUUUCUUGGCUUUCCGUUACUUCUCUGGAUGGCAGGUGGGCCUACACAUGCCGCCUGUCCUAUUGAGCUCAACCCUCUCACAUUGGUGGUGAGAUAUGGAGACUCAGUCUCAGUCAACUGCAGCACAUCAUCCACAGACUAUGAGGGGAUGGGCUGGGAGGCCACAUUAGGAGGUACAGCUUUAGAAGAGGUCAACUAUGUCAUCUGGAAUGUGGAGAAUUUGACAGACUGGACAAUACAACCUGUAUGCUACCUCACACAAAAAGAUGGAGAGCAGUGUUUGAAAAGGUUCCCUGUCACUCUAUACAAGACUCCAGGCAGCGUCUCCGUCUAUCCUCAGAGCCACUCUGGUCCCAUGGUGGAGGGGACAGAGUACCAGCUGCAGUGUGACAUCCAGAAAGUCGCUCCUUUACGGAGCCUGGUUGUGAGGUGGUACAAAGGGAAUGAAACUGUAAAAACGGAAACAUUUCACAACUCCACGAGGAUCCCAGUGGAUGUGUUCUCCACACUUAACAUCACCCCCAGGAGAUAUGAGGAUGAAGUAAAGUACAGAUGUGAGGCAGAGCUGGACCUGGGACCGAAGGGACCACUAGCUUCUGUCCUCUCAUCACAGACUCUUCAUUUUGCUGUUUACUUCCCACCACAGAACAUUCUGGAGCUGAGGGACACAGAAGUUGAUGUUGGUUCCCCUAUUGGGCUGAAUUGCUCCUCAGAUGGGAACCCCCGGCCAGAGUACUCCUGGACUUAUCACCGGGCUCCCAACGUGAAAUUGAAGAACAAUGAUGGGGGGUCCCUACUGACCAUCGAGCAGGCCACAGGGGAGAACAUUGGGACUUACACAUGCCACGCCAGUAAUACCCUGGGAGAGGUCUUUAAAAUAGCCAGGGUCUCUGUCAGAGCAGCGGAGCCGGUAUGUCCUAUCAAACUGAUCCCUGAGAGUGUGGUGGUGAAAUAUGGAUCUCCAAUCUCAGUGUCGUGCAGAAACACAACCAGUGUUGAAGAGAUCUACUGGACCACAGGUCCAGAAGUUGUCAAUGACACUACCUGGAGUGUUUUGGAACUCCUAGACUGGGACAUAAGGCCUGGUUGUAAGGCAACCUUUCAGGGGAUUGGAAGAUGCAGUAAGCCUCUGCACAUCACAGUAUACAAGACUCCAGACAGCGUCUCCAUCUCUGUUCUGAGACACUCUGGUCCCAUGGUGGAAGGGACACAGUACCAGCUGCAGUGUGACAUCCAGAACAUCGCUCCUCUACAGAACCUGGUUGUGAAGUGGUACAAAGGGAAUGAACCCUUAGAUCAUGUAACUUACAGUACUGUCAGUAAGACACCAGUGGAUGUGUCAGCUACUCUGAUGAUCAGCCCCCGUAGAGAUGAUGAUGGAGCUCAGUAUAGAUGUAGAGCAGAACUGGACCUGGGACCAGAGGGACCACAACAUACAGUGACAUCAGAACCUCUCAGCAUUACUGUACACUAUAAGCCAUGCAUCAAUGCAUCUGGACUGCCAGUGAGGAUACCUGUGUUCAGGGGCUAUCCUGAGGAGUUAGUGUGUGAGGCUGAGGGUUACCCACAGCCCAGGAUAAAGUGGGUCUAUGACCCAGCGAAGCAUGUCCGUGAGGCGGGAGGCAACCUGACUGUCUUUGAGGCAGGGCUCUACAACUGCACCGCCACCAACAUUGUGGAGACGAGCUUCAUUGUGGUAGAGGUGGUUUUAAAUGAGGACUACCUGCCCCUCAUAGCGGGCUUCGUGGCCUUCAUGGUCGUGGUCAUCUCGGUCAUAUUCGUCGCCAUCUACUCCAUCUACUACAAGAACACCAAGAUGGGCCGCUACAGCCUGAAGAAGGCCAAGCUCAGCAGCACGCCCAGCGGCAACGUGGCGCAGAACGGCGGCCGGGACACUCCGCUCCCGAUGACUAAACUGUCUCAGCCAAACAUCAACUUUGAAGAGAACGAGCUUUAUUGGGAUGAGCCCCUCUUUCCCCUUGUCUGGUAUGUUCCAAGUCAACCAAGUUCUCAACACCUCCCCGAGCACUCUCGCGUCUACCCCAUGGUGCACGAGCUGGCACCCCCUCCGGCCUCCCUGCGCACCGCCCCUCCCAGCUUCAUGGGUAUCGGAGAGGGGGUGCGGGGAGUGGUGUCUCUGCAGGCCAACUCCCGACGGACAUCCUCGCGCAAACUGCAAUGGAAUAGGCGUUCACCCGCCGCUCUACCCUUGGGCGGGUGGUCGAAGACUGCCCGGAAACGGCAGGUGAACUCCUCAAACUGGUCCAACGCCACAGCUCCCUCUCUCCAUACGGCGAGGCACGAGACGAGGGCGGUCACCCUCUUAUGGCCCGAAGGAGCCGGGAGCCGGGUGGAUGAUUGCCAGGUACAAGUCCAGCUGCAAGAGGAACCCCUGGCAGUUCGCAGCCAGACUCCAGACAGCGUCUCCAUCUCUGUUCUGAAACACUCUGGUCCCAUGGUGGAGGGGACACAGUACCAGCUGCAGUGUGACAUCCAGAACAUCGCUCCUCUACAGAACCUGGUUGUGAAGUGGUACAAAGGGAAUGAACCCUUAGAUCAUGUAACUUACAGUACUGUCAGUAAGACACCAGUGGAUGUGUCAGCUACUCUGAUGAUCAGCCCCAGUAGAGAUGAUGAUGGAGCUCAGGCUUUUGUUAGUAAUCACAGUUCACUUUGGAGUUGCCAAGCAGGACCAAGUCGGAAUUCCACUCGCCUUUCAACUCCGAUCAUAGUGGACCUCAUCAAAGUCUGCAAAAAGAUGGAAAACUACUUUCUAAAAUGGAUCCUAAACUUUUGCAUGUUCUGCACCGUGUCAGGUGAAGGAUGCUCUCUGGAGCUGAAACCCUCCCGGGUGGUGGUGGGGUUUGGGGAGCCCGUUUCCGUCAGCUGUGAGGCCUCUCGCCCGGUGCGUGUCUUAGGCUGGGAGUCAGCCAUCGGGGCAGCACACACCCAACAAGACCGUGCUGUCCAAUGGAAGGUGGACAGUCUGAUCGACUGGAUCGAGGAGCCUAUCUGCUACGGAGUCUUCUUCACUGCACCCAGACAGUGUGAGGAGAAACUCAACCUCAUUCUUUACAAGACUCCAGACAGUGUCACUAUCAGCUCAGCGAACCACACUGGCCCCAUGUUGGAGGGGAAAGAGUACCAGCUGCUCUGUGAUGUCCAGAACAUUGCCCCUGUUCAAUACCUCACCCUGAGGUGGUACAGAGGGCAGACUGAAGUUUACAACCACUCUUUCUCUGAUCUGACCCCAGCCUCCCCUGUCCAAGUAUCCUCCAUCCUCCUGAUCACCCCAACCAAAGCUGAUAACGGAGCCCAGUACAAGUGCGUGGCUCAGCUGGACUUGGGACCAGAGGGACCACAACCGCCUCCUUCAGUGACAUCAGAGCCUCUCAACGUCUCUGUGCACUACCCCCCAUCCUUCCUCAGUCCUGAGGCUGAGACCCUGGACAUCGGUAUGGGGGAUGAAAUCACAUUAAACUGCACGGCUACAGGAAGCCCCAGUCCUGUGUACAGCUGGCAGUCUUCAGAUCCCAAAAAUAAGAUGGAGGACCUACCUCUUUUUACCUCUUCCUCCUUGCUUCCAGGGACCUACACCUGCAUUUCCUCUAAUAAGAUUGGCAAGAAGAGUAAGCAAUUCAUCAUCAAGACUAAGUCUUAAGGUGUGAGAAUGUCAUCAUUGUCAGCCAGACCAUCGCACAGAAAAAAAGGAAUCGCCUUACAUUCUUAAAGACUUUGGUCAUGUAAUAGUUUAUAGUAGCAUAUUGUGUUAUGAUUGAUUCUUGUUGUUGUUGUUAUUGCAACAUAACGUAUACUUUGAUGUGUUUAAAUAUAUAUGUAGGGUAUACAGUUCACUUUCAGUGUGGAGAACCCUAGAACGAGAGGUAGUGUGAAUAAUUAUAUCCAUUAAUAAGCUAUCCAUUAACUUUAUUUUGGAAAUCUACGUUGUUUAUGUUCUCUUUUUUACAUGCAUAAAAACACUAAUAAAAUGACAAAUGUAUAUUUA